AGGAGCCCUCCAACUAAGCCCAGGAAUAUGUCAGAUCCUGAGAUGGGAUGGGUACCUGAGCCCCCAGCCAUGACACUGGGGGCCUCUCGGGUAGAGCUUCGGGUAUCCUGCCAUGGCCUCUUGGACCGAGAUACACUCACCAAGCCCCACCCCUGUGUGCUGCUCAAGCUCUACUCAGAUGAGCAGUGGGUGGAGGUAGAGCACACGGAGGUGCUUCGCUCUUGUUCUAACCCCGUCUUCUCCCGGGUACUGGCCCUUGAGUACUUUUUUGAAGAAAAACAACCCCUGCAAUUCCACGUGUUUGAUGCUGAGGAUGGAGCCACAAGCCCCAGCAAUGACACCUUCCUCGGUUCUGUAGAGUGCACCUUGGGCCAGAUUGUAUCACAAACCAAGGUUACUAAGCCAUUGCUACUGAAGAAUGGGAAGACUGCGGGCAAGUCUACUAUCACGAUCGUAGCUGAGGAGGUAUCUGGUACCAAUGACUAUGUUCAACUUACCUUCAGAGCCCACAAACUGGACAACAAGGAUCUGUUCAGCAAGUCAGACCCUUUCAUGGAGAUCUAUAAGACCAAUGGAGACCAGAGUGACCAGCUGGUCUGGAGGACUGAGGUGGUGAAAAACAACCUGAACCCCAUCUGGGAGCCAUUCCGCCUGUCUCUGCACUCGCUGUGCAGCUGUGAUGUCCACCGGCCCCUCAAGUUCCUGGUAUACGACUAUGACUCCAGUGGGAAACAUGACUUCAUUGGCGAGUUCACCAGCACUUUCCAGGAGAUGCAAGAAGGGACAGCAAACCCUGGACAGGAGAUGCAGUGGGAUUGUAUCAACCCCAAGUAUCGGGACAAAAAGAAGAAUUACAAGAGCUCAGGGACAGUGGUGCUGGCCCAAUGCACGGUGGAGAAAGUGCACACCUUCUUGGACUACAUCAUGGGUGGUUGCCAGAUCAGCUUCACGGUGGCCAUUGAUUUCACUGCCUCCAAUGGGGACCCAAGGAGCAGCCAGUCCCUACAUUGUCUCAGUCCCCGCCAGCCCAACCACUACCUGCAGGCCCUACGCACUGUGGGAGGCAUCUGCCAGGAUUAUGACAGUGAUAAGCGGUUCCCGGCUUUUGGCUUUGGCGCUCGAAUCCCUCCCAACUUUGAGGUGUCCCACGACUUUGCUAUCAACUUUGACCCAGAAAAUCCUGAAUGUGAAGAGAUCGCCGGGGUCAUCGCCUCCUAUCGACGCUGCUUACCCCAGAUCCAGCUCUAUGGCCCCACCAAUGUGGCUCCCAUCAUCAAUCGUGUGGCAGAGCCAGCCCAGCGGGAGCAGAGCACCGGCCAAGCCACGAAGUAUUCUGUGCUGCUCGUGCUCACGGAUGGAGUGGUGAGCGACAUGGCUGAGACGCGCACCGCCAUCGUGCGCGCCUCCCGCCUGCCCAUGUCCAUCAUUAUCGUUGGUGUGGGCAAUGCCGACUUCUCCGACAUGCGGCUACUGGAUGGCGACGAUGGUCCCCUGCGUUGCCCCCGAGGGGUGCCCGCAGCCCGCGAUAUCGUCCAGUUCGUGCCCUUCCGAGAUUUCAAGGAUGCAGCGCCCUCUGCGCUGGCUAAGUGUGUCCUGGCUGAGGUGCCCCGGCAGGUGGUGGAAUACUACGCCAGCCAGGGCAUCAGCCCAGGGGCUCCGAGACCCUGCACACCCACUACAACCCCCAGCCCUAGCCCCUGACUUCCUCUCACCAAACGACACUCCCUCAGCCUCUCAGU